UCCUAUCCACUAGAGGACAGCCGUUAGCCAGUCAGGCGGAAAUGACGUGUCUGAGCAAACAAGGAAACUUGAGCUAACCCUCUGUGUAGCUAAAAGUGGCUAGCCGGCUAAUACCCGCCUGCACAACGCAAUUGCCGUUAUUUGUGUGUUCCAAUGCUGAAGUAUUUCAUUUUAUUUUACACUUAUUUUCAAGUCGACCUCCGGGAACUAAUCAGCGAACACUAAGCUGCUUCAAAUAGUCUCAAUGAUGUUCCAGUCUUGCCAGGAUGUUAGCAUCUGAAGCAGUCAUGCUCAAUUAGCCAAAGCUGUGAUGAUUUGACGAGGAUUUUGUGGAUUAUUGGGAGUUUCGAGUGGGAUUUGCAUCAUGUCUAAUAACCGGUCCCAGCAGAUCGCUAGCGGUGCGAGUUCUGUGCCCAGCACAAGUAGCAGCAGCAGCGGCGGCAUAGGUGGCACCGUGAGCCCUGGUGGUGGAAGCAACGGCGUCGCAAGCAAUGGGAACAACUCUCCAAAUGUUGUGCCUUCCCGGACCCUGGCAGCGAUCGGAGACGGCGGACUGCCGGUGCCGAACUUGGUCGCCAUGUCGUCGUUCCGAGGUGGCUUCGCCUCACUCAGCAGACCCUCCCCGUCCUCCGGCAGCAGGAAGAAGUCCCUCCACCAAGCACCUCUCUAUAACGGCCUGCUGAAUUCAUACGAGGACAAGAGCAACGAUUUUGUCUGCCCCAUUUGCUUCGAAAUGAUAGAAGAGGCACACAUGACCAAGUGUGGGCACAGUUUCUGCUUCAAGUGCAUCCGCCAGAGUCUGGAGGACAGCAACAGGUGUCCCAAGUGCAACUACAUUGUUGACAAUGUGGAUCAGCUGUACCCAAACUUUCUUGUAAACGAACUCAUUCUUAAACAGAAGCAAAGAUGUGAAGAGAAGAGACUAAAAUUGGAUCAUCCACAGAAUGGAUCCAGGUGGCAGGUUUUCCAGGACGUGUUGAGUCCUGACCAAGAGAACUUGGACCUGGCAAAUGUCAAUCUCAUGCUGGAGCUACUGGUUCAGAAGAAGAAGCAGCUCGAGGCGGAAUCCCAAGCAGCUCAGAGACAGAUCCUCAUGGAGUUUCUGAAUGAAGCCAGGAGAAACAAAAGAGAGCAACUGGAGCAGCUACAGAAGGAGCUUAACUUCCUUGAGGAUGACAUUAAGCGUGUCGAGGAAAUGAGUGGGAUGUAUUCUCCAAAGAUGGAGGCAGAGUGCACCGUGCCCAACGUGGAAGCUCCCUCACCUUCACGCAGCUGUAGCAGUAUCAUUGAAUCGCCAGACUAUAACCCACCUCAUGGAUUUGGUGGAACAGCCCAGGGCAAAAGGCAGACCUGGUACAACAGCACGCUAGCAUCGAGGAGAAAGAGGUUGACGGCUCAUUUUGAAGAUCUGGAGCAGUGUUACUUCUCCAGUAAAAUGUCACGCAUCUCAGAGGAAGGCAGGAACUUGAACCAGCUGGAUGACUUCAUGGAGUGUCUCUCAAAGUUCACACGCUACAAUUCUGUAAGACCCCUCGCCACUCUGUCCUACGCCAGUGACCUCUACAACGGCUCCAGUAUUGUCUCCAGCAUCGAGUUCGAUCGAGAUUGUGACUACUUUGCCAUCGCUGGUGUGACUAAGAAGAUCAAGGUGUUUGAGUACGGCACUGUGAUUCAAGAUGCAGUGGACAUUCACUAUCCUGUCAAUGAAAUGACGUGCAAUUCCAAAAUCAGCUGUAUCAGCUGGAGCAGCUAUCACAAGAACCUCCUGGCAAGCAGCGACUAUGAGGGUACUGUCAUACUAUGGGAUGGAUUUACCGGUCACCGUUCCAAAGUGUACCAGGAACAUGAAAAAAGGUGCUGGAGCGUUGACUUUAAUCUGAUGGACCCCAAGUUGUUAGCAUCGGGUUCUGAUGAUGCGAAAGUGAAGUUGUGGUCAACGAAUCUGGACAAUUCUGUGGCCAGCAUUGAAGCGAAGGCUAAUGUCUGCUGUGUGAAAUUCAGUCCGACCUCCCGGUAUCAUCUGGCCUUUGGUUGUGCAGACCAUUGCGUCCACUACUACGACCUCCGCAACACAAAGCAGCCAAUCAUGGUGUUCAAAGGCCACAGGAAAGCAGUCUCCUACGCUAAAUUUGUUAACGGAGAGGAAAUUGUUUCAGCGUCAACAGACAGUCAGCUGAAGUUAUGGAACGUCAACAAACCUCAUUGCCUGCGCUCCUUCAAGGGUCACAUCAACGAGAAGAACUUUGUAGGCCUGGCGUCUAACGGAGACUAUGUUGCUUGUGGCAGUGAGAACAAUUCCCUUUACCUGUACUACAAAGGACUUUCCAAGACACUUUUAACGUUCAAGUUCGACACGGUGAAGAGUGUGCUAGACAAGGACAAGAAGGAAGACGACACCAAUGAGUUUGUCAGUGCCGUCUGUUGGAGAGCCCUGCCGGAUGGCGAGUCAAAUGUGCUGAUUGCUGCUAACAGUCAAGGAACAAUUAAGGUACUUGAGCUGGUCUGAAGACUCGUCAUGCGUUGAAGCCCACCGAGGUCCAGGCAGAGGUGCUGUACAUGGAAAUGACACAAUGAAUAUUUAAUGAGCAAUAAAUGUUCAACGCUUUAUAAAAGAACAGCUGGCAUUGCAGCAGAAACGCAAGAAAGACACAAGGGGUGCCCAAAGUCCAUACGGGGGCUUGGAUUUUAUUGGCCUGUUGCAUUUCUUUUAAACAGCAAAUUAAAGAGAACAAUUGCAAACCAUACUCCUAAGUUAAGAAAGGUGGAAAACAUCGGCCCUUGUGGGAAAAGUUUGGAGGAAAGCGAGGCAUCUCUUCCUAGCUGAUGGACAUUUUAGCUUUUUUUUUUUUUUUAAUAAAUGUACUCCUAAAUGGUACACAUCCAACAAAUUGCUAUAUUUUUUUGCCCAGUGAGGGCCAAAUUACAGGACUAAUGUGCAAAAACUUUGGGUUUUAUCUCAUGCCUCAUUUUGUUCUUUUUCUAAAAUGGAAGAAACCAAUGUUGUACCAAUCUAACUUGAAUUCCAUCCUGCGUUAAUGUCAAUUGUCUGCGUGAAGGCCAGGAAAAGGCUGUGUGCACACUAACACAGGGUUUUUAAAAGGGGCAUGUUUCUGUCUUUUGGCUUUUGUCCACACUAGAGCUGCAACAAUUCAUUGAUUAUCAGCAAUCAACAACAAUUUUACGAUUCCAGCAACUGUUUAAUUAAAAAAGGUAAAUAUCCUCAGAUUUCAGCUUCUCAAAUGUGAAUAUUUGUACGUUUUCCUUCAUCCUCCAUGAAAGCAGACCUGGUAAAAAGUUGUGGACGUCGACAGCCUGUCUAACAAAUGAAGGGGGAAAGGUUUGUUGUUUGCUGGCAGACUUCUCACACGUUCUUUCACCCCCCUUUCCAAAAAUCAACAAAAUGCACCAUUUACAUUUAACACCAAUGGAGGAAAGCACACACCAGUCAGCCAAUCUGAUGGAUAUGACCGUUGUUGACACAUGUUGUACAUGUUAUACAACAUUAUAUUGACAAUCGCACCAUGAUAUUUUUCAGCCUUGCAGGUGGACUACAUGAACAGAACAAGCAGGGAACGUGCUUUAUUAUGUUUUUUUUUUUUUACUAUCCGUGUUGGUGUGGACAUGGCCUUAAAGUAUGGCGCCUGAGGUUGAAACAUGUCAUUGUCGUCAUUGUUGUCUGAUGUAUUGAAGGAAGGAGUGGGACAGCAACAGAGCAAUCAUUCUUGUUAGAGUUUGAAAGCGCUAAUCCCAAGUGUAAGUCCCUCAAACAUAGUCGUUUUUCUAAAUUGUCAUGUUAACACGCAGGUAACGCCCAAUAUUUUAUGAUGAAUGGAAAGAGACAGGUGUUUUCUAUUUGUAUAACUGAAUAAAUUAUUUCAAAACUAGUUUGUCGUGCCAUCCCAUUGGUGAAAAACAAGAUCUUUUUUGAUUGAAGUGUUUAGGAUUUGUAUAAUGCUUUCCAACUUUAUUUAAUGUGAACAUGUUUAAAAAUGCUGUUUGUGCUACUGUGAACCAGUCUUGUUUAAAGUACCAGUACACAAAAUUCACACUAGAGUAAAAGUAAGAUAGCUUUCAGGAUAAUGACUCGUGAAAGUCAAAGUUUCUUGUCUGAAAAAGUCCCGUCUGUCUGUAUUUCAUCUCAUUAGCCUUUAUUCCUGGUUCUUUUGACCGUGUUGCUAGUGGAGGACAAGUCAGUGAUCAUACAAUUCCAAAGGGUUUCAAAUUGUAAUGAAAAUAAGAGCAAUAUACAGACUUGAUCAAA